CUCAUGUAAAUCAACUGUUCAAUGCAGCUAGUACCUCGUGAGCGCUGGCCAACGAAUCCACGACGGCCCGCUAUACUUCGCCGGUUGUUGGUCAGUAUCCUCGGCUUGGCCGUGCUCCGUGGUCAUCUUCACCAUCAAAGACACGUUUUUAACAGCUUCGUUCGCACAUGCGACUGUAGACUCGCAGUCUUUGCCACCUUCACACCAUCAAGUCUGUUGACUCGUCACUCUUUUCCUAAUUCAGUCAUUCAGCUGCCGUGGUGUUGUUCUGUCCCUCUUUACUGAAAUACUCUUCAAUUUGCACGGCCUAUCGUUCAUUUUCUUGCUUGAUCUUUGAGCUUAUACACUAUUAUAUUUAAUCGUAAUGAGGGCCAUUGGUUCUGUAGCCGCUUUUGCGGUAACAGCCGCAGCGUUCACAACGCCUAUCAUCUGGGAUGAGCCUAUUUCCGACCCUCUUGGUCCCCAGUGGGACACCGCUGCUCCUCAAGUCAACUCGACCUAUGAGUACGUGAUUGUGGGCUCUGGAGCUGGAGGCGGUCCUCUGGCUGCACGUCUAGCUCUUGCUGGAUACAGUGUGUUGCUUAUAGAUGCCGGAGAGGAUCAUCAUAUGGAAAAACAAGUACAGAUUCCAGCUUUGAAUGGAUACGCCUCAGAGUAUAACCCAAUCAGAUGGGAAUACUUCGUUGACCACUACACGAACGAGACACAGGCGAAGCGAGAUAGCAAGUAUACUUACUUGACUGCGGACGGCCAGUAUUAUGUUGGACUCGACCCUCCCGAAGGCGCAACACCUCUUGGAAUUUACUAUCCUCGUACUGGUGCCCUUGGUGGAUGUACCGAGCACAACGCUCUGGUCACUAUCAAGCCGACGGACAAAGAUUGGGAUGAUAUUGCUACUCUUACUGGCGACGACUCAUGGAGCUCAUCCAACAUGUUGCAAUACUUCGAGAGACUGGAGGCUUGCCGAUACCUGCCUAACAGCGUUGUCGGCCACGGCUAUACGGGCUGGCUGCAAACACGGUUGACUCCCGUUAUUCUGAUUGCGGAGGAUCUCAAAGUCGCUUCUCUAGUCAUUGCCGCCGCCACUGCUAUGGGAAAGGGUCUUUUGGGCGCUAUCGUUGCUACAGUGACUGGUCUCACAAACAUCCUUACCCUCGAUGUCAACACUCCGUCUAGCUCUCGCGACGAUGGUGAGCUAAUAUACCAGAUUCCCAUGUCCGCCAACGAGGAUUAUGCGCGUUCAGGUCCCCGUGAUUUCGUCGUUUCAGUCGCCAACGCCACCAACAGCGACGGUUCCAAGAAGUACAAGCUUGACAUCGCACUCAACACCCUCGUUACCAAGGUCAACUUCGACACCUCUGCAGCAACGCCUCAGGCAACUGGUGUGAGCUAUCUUUUUGGACAAUCACUCUACCGCGCCGACCCCCGGGCUAGCAAGUCCGACGGUGGUGUUUCUGGUCAAGUCUACGCUAGCCGCGAGGUCAUCCUUGCUGCUGGGUCCUUUAACACUCCUCAGCUUCUGAAGCUCUCCGGUGUCGGUCCGACUGCCGAGCUCGAGUCCUUCGAUAUUCCUGUCGUCAAGGACCUUCCUGGCGUUGGUGGCAACAUGCAGGACAGAUAUGAGUUCGGUGUCGUCGGAGAGUCUAGCACCCAGUUCUCCCUUUUGAAGGAGUGUACUUUCCUCGAGGGCGAUGACCCAUGCUACGACAACUGGAUUAACAACAUUGGUGAUCUCAAGGGAGGGUACACCACCAACGGCAUUGCUUUUGGCUGGUUGCACCACUCCUCGGUGGCAGAGAAGGGCGACGAUCCCGAUCUGUUCUUGGGCGGUGUCCCUGCUUACCUCAACGGCUACAAGCCUGGCUACUCCAUAACUUCUACUGAGGGUCUCAACACUUGGACAUGGUUGACUCUGAAGGCUCAUUCCCGAAACAACGCCGGAACCGUCAACAUCACUUCCACAAACCCCCGUGACACUCCAAAGAUCGUCUUCCGCUCUCUCGGCGAAGGUGUUGGGGGCGACAAGGACCUGCAGGCUAUUGUCGAGGGCAUGAAAUACGGAAUUAAGGCUUUUGAUAGCUUGAUUCCUCUCGACGGUAGCUUCGAGCGUGUCUGGCCUCCUACCAAUGUGUCUACCGAUGAGGAGUUGGCGCAGUUCGCCCGGGAUGAGGUUUGGGGUCACCACGCUUCUUGCACUUGUCCCAUCGGUACAGACGACGAUCCGUUGGCUGUGCUUGACAGUGACUUCAAGGUUCGUGGCGUCGAAGGUCUGCGUGUUGUUGAUGCCUCUAUUUUCCCUAAGAUUCCUGGUAUGUACAUUGUUACUGCCAUUUACAUGGCCAGUGAGAAGGCUGCGGAUGUCAUUAUUGCCGCUGCGGAGUCUUCGUAAGCAAAUGUCGUCGGAACAAACAAGAUCUCAACUUCCAGUGACUUGUACUAGUGGGUAGUUUACAUUUUCUAGUGUAUAUACACAAGUGGUAUUAAACCUGAUAUGCUCAUUCUUUUCAAUACUUGACUUUCAAUAAUUGAAUGGAAUUUAUGCCCUCUCAUGUCGUCUACCUAUGAGUCUGAUUUUGCAGAAGAUUGGAUG